AUGCAAGGUCUUGAGAGUGACUGUUUGAAGUUCUUGGACGAUGCAGGCAUCCACAUUCCUUUUUAUAAGAGAUAUGUGGAAGACAUAAUCACUGCGGUCCCCUGGGGUGAAGUCGAGCUAGUUCUCGAGGUCUUUAACAGCUAUGAGGGAAGGCUCCAGUUCACACAUGAAGUGGAAGAAGACAACAAAAUCGCCUUCCUGGACCUUCUCCUGAUACAUGACAACGACCAUGUGGUUACCAAUUGGUACCACAAACCGAUCUGGUCUGGGAUAUUUUUGAAUUUCGAUGCACACCAUCCCAUCUCCCAGAAGAAAGGAAUCAUUUCGAUGCUAGUAGACAGAUGUGUGAUACUUUUACAUCUAAAGUUCCAUGAGGACAAUCUCCAGCUCAUCAGGAGUACUCUGUUGGACAACAGCUACCCCUUAGAGUUCAUCAACACCUGUAUCAAGGAAAGGCUUCACCAUCUGAACGUGUGUGCUAGCGAGAAUACGGCCGCUGCGACUGCUGAGACUGAUUUUAAACACGCACUGGUGCUACCAUUUGUGAAUGGUCUAACUCAGAAUCUCAAGCGAGUUUCCAGAAGGUAUGGACUGAAUGUGAUCUCUAAUACCAGCCACAAACUACAGAGCUACCUGAAAACUACUAAGGAUCCAGUGAAGUGGGAGAACAGGUCCAACGUGGUCUACUCAAUCCCUUGUGACUUCUGCAAUGGCGUAUAUGUGGGACAGACCAAACGAUAUCUCAAGGUCAGGGUGGGCGAACAUGAGAAAGGCGUGAAGAACUGUAGAAACACAGAUCCGGCGAAAUACACGGCGUUGACUAGACAUCAUGUGGAUUCUGGCCACUCUUUUAAUUUUGACAAAGUAAAAGUGUGUAAGUCUGAGCUUCAUCCUUAUAAACGUAAUCUCCUUGAGAUGCUUUAUAUUGUACGUGAGGACAACGCCGUCAAUUUUCGCUCACACGUCAACGGGUUGAGCUCGGUCUACACAGGACUCAUCUCGAAAUCUCGCGCGCCAACCUCUCGUUACUAG